AUGAUAGCGCCGGCGCCACCCGGCCAAUUCCCACAUCAACAGCCCAUUUCGUCGCCGAAUCGUACCAGUCGCAACACGCCGCUACGGCCAGAAACGACCGAAAUCGAGACCCACCACCAUGCGAAUCACCCGACAGCUUUACCGGUACUCGGAAUGCAACUGCCGAUACCAGGAACAGGAGCGGUACCUGAAUCAUCACGUGCCCAAUCACGAGCUCAUCUCAACCUCCAACUUGGCCUCGACUUACAUGCGCCGUCUCAUGAAUCACAUCUUUCUCAUGGCGCUCCCCAUGAGCAAGAGCACGCCCGCGAAAUUCAAAGGCACGGGGCUCAUUCAGCACAGAGUUCAGCGGGUUUGCCACCCAUUGGAUUUGCAAGUCAUCUUCCUCCUGCUUCAUCAGGUCCUAUGUCGUUGGAUUGGAACAUGUACCAUGUUCCCCCAAAUUUGCAGCUAAAUCCGAAUCAGUUUAAUUUCGAGGUUCCAGGUCAUUUGAGUGUAUCUGCGCACCCGGCACACUUAGAACAUUCAACCGCAAAUCCAAACUCGUUCAACUACGCACACAGCAUUGUUUCACCGUCAAGCAUACAUCCAAACACUGCCCACUUCGACGGAGAUAUCCCAGGUCAGUGGGAUGACUCCAUAGGCCAUGGUGCGACCACUCCAAAAGUGCGGACCCCCUCGCAUCAUGUCUCGAGCAAUCCUUGGGCUGAGAUGAACGAGCCCGUGGGCGACAGCAGCUUGGCCCCUGUUUCCCGGCCACGAAAACCCGCUCGAGCAAGACGGCAAAAGAAGGAGCCUCGCAAGCUCUCGGAUGCUUCUCAGGGAGCAAGGAGUAGUAGCACGGGUGGAACCGCUCAUUCUGUUUCUGACGCUGCCAGUCCAAGUUCUACAUCCCAACAGAGCCGUGUCAGUGUUGGCUCCAAGUCCGCCUCAAUGACUUCAGCAGCCUCGACAACUUCCAGCCGACAAAGCAAGCUUCGUAGUGCCUCUCGAACCUCCAAGAACAGUCGAGAUAAACCAAACGACACACUCGAAGACCGUCGAACCCGAGCCUCGCAUAAUCUUGUUGAGAAACAAUAUCGAAACCGACUCAACGCCCAAUUUGAAUCGCUCCUACAUGCUCUACCCGAACAAAUACGGCACAGUGACAACGGAGGUGGUGAUGGGAAAGAAGGCAACGAGUCCGACCAGGCGAACGAUCCUGACCGACGAGUCAGUAAGGGCGAGGUGCUCGAAAUGGCUCGCAAGCAUAUUCAAGCACUAGAACGUGAAAGAAGUCAGUUGGAGCUUGAGAAUCUUGAACUCCACGGAAAUAUACGAAAACUAAAAGAAUCGGGGUCUGAAAGCAUGGGUACGUCUGGUCAGGAGAGUUCUGUCGAGUCUGAUGUUAUCAAGAAAGAGACAAAGACGAGCGACGAAGAUCAAAGCGAAGAUCCAUAG